GUGAGCUCUUCAAAGAUACACCCAAUGGUAAUGGUAAUGAGAUAACUUUAAAUCGGUUCUUAAGUAAAUGCAGUUAUUUUUUGGAAUUGAACCUCCUCAAUCCAUUAGGUUUUUGCUGUUCCAACCAGUGCCUCACGACUGGUAUACCAAAGGCCGGGGUAUGUACUGUCCUGUAUAUGGGAAAUGCAUAUAACCGAUUCCUUGCUGUUGUUUUGGUAGGAGUAACCCAUGGAGUGGAAAGAAGGCAGUCACAAACAUCAAGGAAAUACAACACCGACAGAAAAGAAAUUACGACCAAAGACGUGUUUGUCAACAGGUUUCAAAGCGUUUAUAACAAACUGAGAAAUGACUAUUUGAUUAAAUAUAGGACUUGUAUUUCGGUACUAAAGUUUAAAAAAACCAACACCCUGCGGCGACAGGGUCACAAAGGAGUCAAAGAUGAGAGGCCUUGGCUAGUGUCAUACAUAAUUCGAGGGUUAACAAAAAGUGGAACCUAUCUGUUGUCGGCUAUGGAUGGACUGGCGCUGAAAAGCGGUAUUAAUGGUGUGAAUUUGAAAGAAUGGCAGGAGGCACCAGCUGAUAAAAUGGUCAAAUUCACUGAUUAAAUUUAAUAAUUAAAAAAA